GUCUGAAUUUCCAACCUCUCAGUUUCUUCGUAAUCUCCGUCUCUCUCAAACCCCAAAUUCCAAAUGUUUUCUAUAUAAUCCAUCUUUCAAAACCCCCAAAAAAAAUGCCUCUCUCCGACAAAUUUUCCAGCGAUGUCCUCCGCCGCUGCAGCCGCCACCACCACCGUCGCCCCCCUCCGUCACAGGUCUAAAUCUAACCCUCUUAACGGUAAACACCCUAACGGCGCUAACCAGAUCCUCGAUCCCACAAUGGGCACUCCCAAGAAAUCCGACGGUCUCAUUAACGGCGGCAGCAAGGCCUCGUUCAUGACGUGGACGGUGCGUGACGUCGUACACGUGGCGAGACACCAUUGGAUACCGUGUGUGUUCGCGGUGGGGCUGUUGUUCUUCAUGGGCGUGGAGUACACUCUCCGGAUGAUCCCGGCGAAUUCUCAGCCGUUCGAUCUUGGAUUUGUGGCCACGCGAUCGUUUCACCGGGUCUUGGCUUCCUCGCCGGAGCUUAACACCGUCUUAGCCGCUCUAAACACGUUUGUGUGUGUUGUGAAGGUGUUUGUGGGGAUGCAAACGACGUACAUUCUAUGGACGUGGCUGGUGGAGGGCCGUCCGAGAGCGACGAUAUCGGCAUUGUUCAUGUUCACUUGCCGUGGAAUUCUCGGUUACUCUACUCAGCUCCCUCUCCCCAAGGAAUUCCUCGGGUCAGGGGUCGAUUUCCCCGUGGGGAACGUCUCGUUCUUCCUCUUCUUCUCGGGGCACGUUGCGGGUUCGGUGAUAGCUUCGCUUGAUAUGAGGAGAAUGCAGAGGUGGGGACUGGCUGCUAUUUUCGACGUUCUCAACAUAUUGCAAGCGGUAAGGCUGUUAGGGACGAGAGGGCAUUACACCAUCGAUCUCGCAGUUGGAGUCGGGGCCGGGGUUCUCUUCGACUCGUUGGCCGGAAAGUACGAGGAGAUGAGCAAGAGAAAGAUUGGUAUGGCUUCAAGUACUAGCUUCAAAGACUCUCUUCUAAGCUAAAAACGACCAAAUUUUCUAUAAAAUUUUAGAAGAGAAAUUUGAGGUAAUCAAUGUUUUUUUUUUCCUUUGUCCAAUUUUGGUUAAGUUUCUUGUUUUAUAGACUCCACAUUUCCAUGAUGAAUUUAUUGUCACAGGUACAACUAAUACACCAAAUCAUGUCUUGUCCAUUAA